CACCAAAAUCCAAUAUGGCGAUGAAAGGGUACAUACUCAUAGGCCUUCUUGUUCUUGUUUCCUCUUUCGCCAAUACCAUCAAUGCCAUUGCUAUCACUCCCCAUUACGGCAUUUCUACACUCAACAGGACCAGUUUUCCCAAAGGUUUCACUUUUGGUGCAGGAUCAGCUGACUAUCAGGUUGAAGGUGCAGCGCCAUUUCAUGAUGGCAAAGGAGAAAGUAUGUGGGAUUAUUACACCCACAAAUAUCCAGAGAAAAUAGCGGAUGGCAGUAAUGGAGAUGUAGCUAGUGAACAAUAUCAUCGCUUCAAGGAGGACUUUGGGCUUCUGAAGGAUAUGAAUGGAGAUGCAUACAGAUUCUCAAUCGCAUGGACCAGACUGAUACCAACCGGAAAGAUUAGUGAUGGUGUGAACCAGAAAGGAAUCGACCACUACAACCAGGUCAUCAAUGAACUCCUAGCCAAAGGUCUUACACCCUAUGUGACAAUCUUCCACUGGCACGUCCCAAUAGCUUUAGAUCAUAAGUAUGGCGGUUUCUUAAGUCACCGCAUUUUGGAAGACUUCAAGGACUACGCAGAGCUUUGCUUCAAGGAGUUUGGUGAUAGGGUAAAGCAUUGGACCACCGUAAACGAGCCUCAUAUGUUCACCAAUGGUGGAUAUGCAGCAGGGGUUUUAGCACCUUUCAGAUGUUCGAGCUGGCAAAAAAUGAAUUGCACCGGUGGGGAUUCAGCGACGGAGCCAUAUACCGUCGCCCACCAUCUGCUUCUUGCUCAUGCAGUUGCCGCAAACUUGUAUAAGACCAAAUAUCAGGCAAAGCAAAAAGGUGUUGUAGGGAUAACAGUUGAUUUGGAUUGGAUGAUUCCAUAUUCUCAAUCGGAGAAAGACCGUGCUGCCGCGUUACGUGCCAUUGAUUUUAGAUUUGGAUGGUUCAUGGACCCCUUGACAAAGGGUCGCUAUCCCCUCAGCAUGCGCACUCUCGUACGAAACCGAUUACCCAUGUUCACCCCAGAGCAAUCGAAGCUGGUGAAGGGAUCAUACGACUUUAUCGGAUUAAACUACUACACUGCCAAUUAUGUUUUUGAUACACCUGAAAAUAAGUCUCUGAACAAAAGCUACUUGACAGAUGGUCUUCUUACUAAAACAGGUGAGCGCGACGGGGUCCUCAUUGGUCCACAGGCUGCCUCGGAUUGGCUCUAUGUCUAUCCUAGAGGAAUUUACGAUCUUCUUGUCUACACAAAAACCAAGUACGGUGAUCCAGUAAUUUACAUCACCGAGAAUGGAGUCAAUGAGCACAAUAAUGCCUCCAUACCUCUUAAGGAAGCUCUUGUGGACACCCACAGAAUUGAUUAUCAUUAUAGGCACCUUGCGUAUGUUCAUAAGGCUAUUGGGGACGGCGUGAGAGUUAAAGGAUACUUUGCUUGGUCAUUCUCGGACACCUUUGAAUGGUUUUCUGGUUAUACGAUUCGGUUUGGCAUCCACUUUAUCGACUUUGAGAACGGAUUGAAAAGACAUCCUAAACUUUCAGCACAAUGGUUCAAGAAUUUCCUCAAGAAAUAGAAAUGAAGAUUUUCGCAUUACGAACUGCCUAUCAAUAAAUUGAGCACGUAUUUCUUCACUAUGAGUAUUGUACUUUUUGAAUAAUGUAAUUUUCUUUCUGUAUUGGCUGAAACGCUUGCAGAAUAAUAAAUUGCUUUGCGGAUGGUCUCUGCCUUUUAUUACGCGUGGUUGUUCAAAUAAAAUGAGCAUGUAUCUCUUCACUAUGAGUAUUGUACUUUUUGAAUAAUGUAAUUUUCUUUCUGCAUUGGCUGAAACGCUUGCAAAAUAAAAGAUUGCUUUGCGGAUGGUCUUCGCCUUUUA